GUUCUAGAAACUUCUGAAAGCUCUCUCUCCCGCGAAGCAGUUAUGGCUACGACGACGAUCACCAACCGUGUCUCACUCAAGUUCCUCGCGCCAAUGGUUCGAAACAGGAAUCUGAAGAGUUCGAAUCUCAGGAAACCAGAAAGCCUGUGUUUCUCUAACGUCGGGAGCUCGAUUGUUCCCCGUUUAGCGCUAGUAGCGUCAUCGUCGCUCAACCAGAACCUCUUUGCUCGUGGCUUGUCAAGAUCGACUCGAACUCUGAGGCGCGUAAGAGCAUCUUCCAAAGAUGAGGAGGAGGAGGAGAAGAGGACUUGGCACUACCAGUUGUUCAGUGUUUUAAAACUGCUGAUCAACUGGUACUUUAGGCUUAUUUGUUUCUUAAUUCUUUUGAUCUGGUUCACUUGGAUGAUGAUACUUAGUAAAUAAGUUUGAAGAUAUCAGACUUGAGAGAGGAGAUUUCAGUUUGUAAGUGACCUACGAUGGUGUUGUUAACAAAACCUUGUUGUGAAGAAGAAAUAUUCUUGUUUUGGAAUAUAAGUGAAUUCUGACUC